AUGGCCGAGGGUGCCCAGGGCUGGCUGAUGUUAAUAGACUAUGUUUCUUUUCAAUUCCUCGUAAUUUGUUGGAACGAGUUCCGGCCCUGGAUCGACGUCAAGCCAGUGAAAGCGAUCCGGGCCAAGCCCCAGUACAAACCCCCGGAGGAGAAGAUGAUCCACGAGACCAGUUACAGCGCCCAGUUCAAGGGGGAAACCAGUAAGCCUUCUCCAGCUGACAACAAAUACCUGGAGCGCAGGAGGAUACGCACCCUCUACAGCGAGCCCUACAAAGAACCUCCCAAGGUGGAAAAACCUAGCAUAAAGCCUUCCAAACCAAAAAAGACCACAACAAGCCAUAAACCCCUGAAAAAGGCCAAAGACAAGCAGAUUGCAUCUGGCCGGGCUGCCAAGAAAAAGAGCGCCGAGACCUCCAACACAGCAAAGCCAGAGGACAAGGAGAAAAGUAAAGAGAUGAACAAUAAACUGGCUGAGGCAAAAGAGACCCCUGAGAAAAACCCUGGUGCUACAGAGCAAGAGCCAAGUACCUUGGUGCAGGACCAACCCUUGUGAGGUCGGGAACUCCUCCGAGCAGCCGCUGGAGCACACGGAUAGUCUGCAUGGAAUGUGUAUGGCCUGGCGGCCUCCAAUACAGCCGACAAGCAGA